AUGGCAAAGGAAAGAGCCGCAUACCAAGAAAGUCAAGGAUUGCCAGCAAGAAGAACAACAAGACAGGCCGCACAAACACAACAAGUGGAAACGCAGCUGGCGGAAUUGCAAGCCGAGGUGGCAUCAAUGAAAUCCAACAACGUUCCUGCUACAAUUCCAGCCAAAGCAGCCACGCAGAUAUCACAAGUGACUAUGGGAACGGCUGGAAGUACAGCAAUGGGCGGACGCAACCAACAGGCAACCGCAUCCCAGCGACCAGUGCAACAACCAACACCAGGAACGACGGCGAGCAAUGAGAUGGAUACUAACGCCGACACUUGUUGCCUUGGCAAGAACUUUGUUAUCAUGAGCUACACCCCAAGAUUGGCGGAUGUGUACGCGUACGACCCAGCUCUGCCACCAACAAACGUACCAAUUGUAUCUGGAGCGACCGCUUAUGACUGCCCACAGAGCGGCACCACGUUCAUAUUGAUAUUCAACGAAGCACUUUAUUAUGGGAACCGGUUAGAUCAUUCAUUGAUCAACCCAAACCAAGUCCGCAAGUUCGGAAUACCCCUAUGGGAUAAUCCGUUCGAUGAGAUGAGGAAUAAUGGUAUCGAGACCAAGCCAAUAUUUGUUGCACUCAAGCCAAAGGGGACAAAGUUACUAUUCGAUUCAAGGGCUCCAACUGAUCGAGAACUCGCGAAUUGCCCCCACAUUGAUAUGACAGGCAAAGUGCCUUGGAAUCCAGGUACCGUCCAACUUGGGAAAGUCUCAAUUGUCCACGAAGACACAAUAGAUGACCCAAGAUCCAAAGAAGCUGAAUUGAGACAAUUGGAUCCAAUCAUGCAGGGAAUGAGCGGUGAGCGUCGCAGACUCCUCGAAGAAUCCAACAUUGAUAUGGAGGAAGUCAAGUGCUCGCGCUGGUCUGAAGGAUGCCGCAACCAUCAAGGAUUGUGUCUAUGA